ACACUGCAAAUGGAUAUAAACAAGCUGAACAUAACCUUGCUUCGGAUCUUCCGCCAAGGAGUAGCUGCAGCCUUGGGACUCUUGCCCCAGCAAGUGCACAUCAACCGUCUCAUUGAAAAGAAGCGCCAUGUGGAGUUGUUCGUGUCUCCUGUAAACCGGAAACCAGGAGAGCCGGAAGCCCUGCAGGCCAAGGAAGUGCUGCGUUCUCUUAAUGUUGAUGUUUUGCAUCAGAGUUUACCGCAGUUUGGAAUUACAGACGUCUCCCCUGAGAAAAAUGUUUUGCAAGGGCAGCACGAAGCGGACAAAAUCUGGAGCAAAGAAGGAUUUUACGCCGUUAUCAUUUUUCUCAGCAUCUUUGUUAUUAUAGUAACCUGUUUGAUGAUUAUUUAUAGGUUAAAAGAAAGGUUUCAGCUUUCCUUAAGACAAGAUAAAGAGAAAAACCAGGAGAUCCACCUAUCGCCCAUUGGGUUACAGCCAGCACAUUCGGAGGCCAAGACAGCCCACAGCAUGGUCCAGCCUGAGCAGGCGCCAAAGGUGCUGAAUGUUGUCGUGGACCCCCAAGGCCAAUGCACUCCUGAGAUUAGAGGCACCACCUCCACCUCUGUCUGCCCCUCUCCCUUCAAAAUGAAACCCAUAGGACUUCAGGAGAGACGAGGUUCCAAUGUCUCUCUUACACUGGACAUGAGUAGCCUGGGGAAUGUGGAACCUUUUGUAGCCGUCCCAACCCCCCGGGAGAAGAUAGCCAUGGAGUACCUGCAGUCGGCCAGCCGCGUCCUCACAAGGCCACAGCUGAGGGACGUUGUGGCAAGUUCCCACUUACUUCAAAGUGAAUUCAUGGAAAUACCAAUGAACUUUGUGGAUCCCAAAGAAAUUGAUAUUCCACGUCAUGGAACGAAAAAUCGUUAUAAGACCAUUUUGCCGAAUCCCCUCAGCAGAGUGUGUUUAAGACCGAAAAAUAUAACUGAUGCAUUGAGUACUUACAUUAAUGCUAAUUAUAUUCGGGGCUACAGUGGUAGGGAGAAAGCGUUCAUUGCCACGCAGGGCCCCAUGAUCAACACUGUGAAUGACUUCUGGCAGAUGGUUUGGCAGGAAGACAGCCCCGUGAUUGUCAUGAUCACCAAACUCAAGGAGAAAAAUGAGAAAUGUGUGCUCUACUGGCCAGAAAAGAGAGGGAUUUAUGGCAAGGUUGAGGUUCUGGUCAUCAGUGUGAAUGAAUGUGAUAACUACACCAUUCGAAACCUCGUCUUAAAGCAAGGAAGUCACACCCAACAUGUGAAGCAUUACUGGUACACUUCAUGGCCUGACCACAAGACUCCAGACAGUGCCCAGCCCCUUCUACAGCUCAUGCUGGAUGUAGAAGAAGACAGACUUGCCUCUGAGGGCCGAGGGCCUGUGGUUGUCCACUGCAGUGCAGGGAUUGGGAGGACGGGGUGUUUCAUCGCUACAUCCAUUGGCUGUCAACAGUUGAAAGAAGAGGGAGUCGUGGACGCACUAAGUAUUGUCUGCCAGCUUCGUGUAGACAGGGGUGGCAUGGUCCAAACCAGUGAGCAGUAUGAAUUUGUGCACCAUGCUCUGUGCCUGUAUGAGAGCAGACUUUCACCAGAAACCGUCCAGUGAUUCCGUGAAGAUUUACCAGAGCGUCCAUCUCUCAUGGGUGAUUCAUGAAAUCGCCUACUGAAGGCUCUUGGGAGGAGCUUCCUGCAGUGGGAUGAGGAGGCGCCCAAGCCAACCUGAGGCAUGGACUGUGGAAGACCUGGCGACAUGCAAGGUUGCCAACCCUUUGUGUAUAGGAAUGCAUCUGUAGGCAUCCCCCAAACUAUUUCGAAGGUCCCAUGCUAAUGGAGGUAUGAUCAUUUCUCGCACAGCCCGAGGUGGACUUUAUUUCGUCUGUGUUGAUUAUCUGCCACACAGAAUCUAUGUGUGUGAUACUCAGUGACUGUCAUCGUGACGGCAGGAGGAGCUGCUGAAGACGUCGCGAUCGUGUGUUUAGAUGUUCAUAAAGUCUGUCUCGUGAAUGGACUGUCAGCUAUCCAACUGUUCCGGUUUAAGUGCUAUUACCUAUAUCUCAGUUACCAGAAUCUUGCUGCUAAAGUUGCAAGUGAUCCAUCACAGAUUUUUAACAACUACAUUUUUGAUUUUGAAAAAAAAAAAAAA